AUGCGAUCAAGCAGCACCUUUGCCCUCUUCUCUGCCUUCCUGAUCGCCCAUCUCGCCUCAGCCUCGCCCAUCCUAGAUGUCCGCGACGGCUCAGGCUUCAAGAUUACGAUCAACUACAAGGGCGACGUAUAUAUCGCAGGCAGCAAGUCUUACUCGAACAAUACCCCAGGCUUGCCAUGGCCCAAGAGCAUCUUCGACGGCGACAAUCAGAGCGUGACUAUCGUGGGUGUGGGCGAGAACGACGAUCCGGCCAGCCAGGGGGUCCCCAAGGAGCCCAGCCCGAUCACCAAGCUGAUGUUCUGGUAUUUCGGUACGGAUACCAAGUCGGCUGCUUCCAACACCAAAGCCAGACGAUAUGGCAAGUGUACGCUACAGCUUGUCGAUACGGAGAAGAAGAAGAUGCAGGGUGACGCAGUGUUUGAUCUCUCCCCUGAAGACAUCGCAGCGGCUGUGCGCGGGAAUCAGGCGUAUUACAAGAGCUUUGUCGAUAAGAAUGUCGAUAUGCGGUGUACGGACGUGGAUGAUGUGGCACAGUGA